AUGAAACUUGUUUGGCUAAUAUUUCUACUUUUUUUGAUUUUCGUUAGAUUUGGAGUUGGAGAAGAUCAGGAAGAAGAUCAAGAAGAUCCAGAUUUUCUAAUACAGGUCUCCAAUGAGACUGUAGAGUAUGAGCGGAAUUCAACUUAUCCAGAUAUUCGAAUGGUUAUGGUGGAUAAAUUUAUGGAGGAUUUGUUUAAAGGAUAUGAUAAGGAAGCGGCGCCGAUUUCAGAGAGUGAGAAGUUUUUUUUUGAAAAAAAUUUGAAAAAAAAAAAAAUUUUAUUAAAUUUUUAUUUUUUUUAAUUUUAAAAUUCAGGUUGGAGAUCUGAAAAAAUGGGUCGUCCAAAAUUUCAAAUCCCAAAAAUCCCCGCCGAUUUUCAGACCGUAAACACCAAUGGCCGUUCGAGUACGAAAUCUCGGUGCUCCGCUUCAAAUUGAUCGAUGUGGACGAGCCGAAAGAGCAGGUGACUGUGGUUAUGGAAAUUCAGCAAGCGUGGCCGGAUGACAGGCUUACUUGGGAUCCCGAGGAGCACGACAAUGUCACAGCGGUCUAUUUGCGUUUAGAGAAAUUGUGGUCGCCGCCGAUUACGGUUUUUUUUGCGUGAGCAUUUUUUGGGCAAAUGGGACCCCAAAUGACUGAAUGGUCCCCCGGUGUUUAAAAUUCGUCGUGAUGAAUGGAACCGCAAAAUAAUAAAAUGGGAACACAGCAUUUUUUUGAAUUGUCUGAAUGGGACCCCGCAAAAAAAGGGACCCCGUUGAAUUUUUGUAUUUGUACGAAUGGGACCCCACUGAAAUUUUAUACUGAAAGGGAUACAAAAUUUGAUGCCUAAGCCUAAGCCUGAAAUCUUAACAAAGCCUAAGCCUGAAAUCCGAACUAAGCUUAACCCUGAAAUUCUAACUAAGCCUAAGCCUAAAAUCUUAACUAAGCCUAAGCCUAUACCUAACCCCAGUGCUGAGGAUACGUCUAAGUUUAAGCCUACCUGUGGUCCCAUUCUGAAAAAAUUUCAAUGGGGUCCCUUUUUUUGCGGGGUCCCAUGCAGACAAUUCAAAAAAAUGCUGUGGUCCCAUUUUUAUAUUUUGGGGUCCCAUUCAUCACGACGAUUUUUUUAAAAACACCGGAUUCCCAUUCAGUCAUUCGGGGUCCCUCUUGGGGUCCCAUUCAUUAUGUACCCAAAAUCUUCAAUCCUCAAUUCCUUUGCAGAAGUGAAGUCACCGAACAACGCGAUCAAAACUUCCGAAUGGCAAAAGCCAUCUACAACGGCUACAAAGUCACGCACGUGCCCAUGAAAAUCACAUUUAAUUGCAAAUUGCAAAUGCACAAUUUCCCAUUCGAUACUCAGAUUUGCGAAAUUCGCAUGGGACUUCCAUCGGUGAAAACCAAAUUGUUCUUCAUCCGAAUGAUUCUCUCGCAAAAUCUUCAGAAGAAUCUAUGCUCGCUGGGAAAUUCAGCAUGGGAUAUUGUAAAUAUCACAGCAGGUUCUGAAAAUGUGAAAUCAUUGGAUUUCAGCUAUGAUAGUCUGAAGAUGGGGGUGAUGAAAAUCCACUUGAAACGAAAUCCCACAUUUUAUCUCUAUAUGAUAGUCUUACCUACAUUUAUUAUAAAUUCAAUCUCAAUUGCGGGAGUUUUUCUGAAAAACACUGAUAAAAUUGAUCGAUUAACAAUUGGUCUAACUCAUAUUAUGACAAUGACUUUUAUUUUGGGAAUUAUUGCGGAUAAAUUGCCCAAAACUGAGCAUGUUCCCUUGUUGGGACAAUAUAUCAUUUUUGGACUGUGCACUAUGAUCGUAGCUAUGACGUUUUCCACGUACCUCAAGAAGAUAUCGGAGAACUUGUCGGUUAGGUUGAUGAGAUCGCGCAGCGGGUUUUGGUGAGGAUUUUUUUUGGGGGGAGGGGGAUUUUUGACGGUAAAUAAUGAAUGGGACCCCAAAAGGGACCCCGAAUGACUGAAUGGGACCCCGGUGUUUAAAAAUCGUCGUGAUGAAUGGGACCCCAAAAUAAUAAAAUGUGGGACCACAGCAUUUUUUUGAAUUGUCUGAAUGGGACCCUGCAAAAAAAGGGACCCCGUUGAAUUUUUGUAUUUGUACGAAUGGGACCCCACUGAGAUUUGAAAUUUUUUCAGAAUGGGACCACAGGUAGGCUUAAACUUAGACGUAUCCUCAGCACUGGGGUUAGGUAUAGGCUUGGGCUUAGUUAGGAUUUCAGGCUUAGGCUUAGGCUUCAACUUGUUAUCCCUUUCAGUAUAAAAUUUCAAUGGGGUCCCAUUCGUACUGAUACAAAAAUUCAACGGGGUCCCUUUUUUGCGGGGUCCCAUUCAGACAAUUCAAAAAAAUGCUGUGGUCCCAUCACGACGAUUUUUAAACACCGGGGGACCAUUCAGUUAUUUGGGGUCCCUUUUGGGGUCCCAUUCAUUAUUUGCCAUUUUUGACCCUGCCAAACGUCUUGUACAGCAAAAUAUAUCAUAUUUGAUCUCAAAAAUCCGAAAUUUUCCAGUCAGAAACUUCGAAAAUUCAUCGGAAAACCUCUACGAGUUCUAUCCAUCAUAUUUUUUCAAAUCAUCAACAUCAUAGCCGUUGUCUACAUUCUCUCAAGGUACAUCCAUUUCGAGAACAAAUAUGGGUUUGAAACACCGUGCACAGCCGCUGCGCAUUUUAAAGAUAUGGAAUUUCAUAGCGAUGAUAUUGGAGAGGAUGAUUGUGGGUGUUAUUAG